GAGAGAGAGCGAGGGAGAGAGAGGGAGAGAAAGGGAGAGAGAGAGAGACAGCUUGCAGAGUUUCCUCAGCUGUUUCCCGGAGGCCGAGGCAGGCAUGGCGUCGGAGCCCAGCACCCAGUCCAGGGUGGUGUUCCAAACCCCCGACAAGGAGGAGGAGCCCCCCCAUCGCAAGCUGGGCAAGCUGACCGUCAAGUACAACCGCAAGGACUUGCAGAGGAGGCUGGACAUCGAGGAGUGGAUCGACGGGCAGCUGCACCUGCUGUACGACUGCGAGGAGGAGGAGAUUCCAGAGUUGGAGAUUGAUAUAGACGAGCUUCUGGAGCUCCCAGACGCGGAGCGUAGGUCAAAACUGCAGGAACUUCUUCAAGAAUGUGGCAAGCCAAAAGAGGACUUUAUCAACGGGCUCCUGUAUCGGAUGAAGGGGCUGCGCAAGAUGUCAGGGUCACUGAAGAAAUGAGAGCUUUAUGGUUGAGGGCAAUGACAAGGCGACCCCGCCCUUCUUAUUCCGAAGUCUGGAUGCCUGCAUGUUAACAGAACUAAUAGCAGGAUGUCCUGUGCCCCUUUCCCUACACACAUGGGUCAAUGAGGCUCUCUGUGAGGAAGCCCUGGUUUGGACUGAUACUGACCAAUAUUUAAGGACUGUUUUGACAUUUUGAAUCCUCAACAUGCAGAUGACAU